AUGACCAAUCCACAGCCACCUCCAAUCCUCGACUUCUCCGUCUUCUAUGGCAACGACAGCCAAGCCAAAACCCAGCUCGUGCAGCGAGUGCGUGAGUGCUGUCUGAGCAAUGGCUUCUUUCAGACCACCGGCCACAAAGUCUCGCCAGAGUUGCAGCGCCGGACGUUCGACUGCGCCAAACGCUUCUUCGACCUACCACUCGCUGAAAAGAAGAAGAAUGAGCGAAGUAUGAAUUGCCCUUUUCUGACAUUGGCACGCCCCAAUGCCCUCACCCGUGGCUACGAGGCCUUCCACAGCGCUCCUGACCGGAAGGAGGGACUUUUCCUGGGGCCAGACCUGCCAGAGGAUCAUCCGUACUGUGUUCGGAGGAAGCUCAACUGUGGACCAAACCGGUGGCCCCAGGGACUUGACGACCUAGAAGAGUUCAAACGCAUCUCCAUGGAAUAUUACGACGCUAUGUUUCAGCUGCCAAAGGAUAUCUUUGCUGUGCUCGCCCUCACGAUGGACUAUGAGGAGACAUUCUUUAAUCCCCUGACUGAGGGCGCCGUCGCCACGCUACGAUAUCUGCACUAUCCACCUCAACCUGUGGGUGAAGCUGAGAAGGGGCUUUGUAUCACUCUGCUCCUGCAAGACGGAACAGGCGGUCUUCAGGUUUUGGACGAGCUCACCGGAGAAUGGCUGGAUGUUGAGCCGGUCCCCGGGGCAUACAUCGUCAAUCUGGCCAAUGUAUUUUCACGCAUGACAAACGAGAACUACAAAUCGGCUCUACAUAGGGUAAUCAAUAAGUCCGGGUUGGAGCGCUAUUCGAUCCCGUUCUUCUUCACUGGCAACCCGGACUACGUCUGCGAGUGCUUGUCGCGGUUCCGGAAAGAGGGAGAGCCGGUCAAAUAUCCCCCUGCCACGGUUCACGAGGUGGUUGGUGAAGCAGUGAGGGCCAACGUCGAGAGGGCAAAACGCUACAACGCGGAACGCCAGGGGGUCCACACGGAGCUGUAA